ACCAAACAUUCUAUUCACUCAUAGAUGUCGUACAAUCCAAUUUAUGCUUGAUAAUGAAAUAACUAAUGAUAGUGCUUCAUAUAAAUAUACAGUUGGCAGUGGUACUUGUUCGUCGAAAGUUAUUUUCAAGCUACUGGAGUCAUCAAUAUAAGAAAGCAACAUUUUGCGGAAAGUUUCUUUUAAACCUGCAUUCGUUUGAAAACUAACCACCUGCCAGACAAUAGAAUAUAUCUGGAUAUUAUCCUCAUGCCGACAGCCAUGUACUCGCUGGUGUCGUCGGUACAGAGAAUCCGUGUGUUCUUUGUAUAAGAGGCUGACCUUUAUUUCUAUUUCACACGAUACCGCUUAUUCCAAGAAUGGAACAAGCAGAUGUAUGACAAGGACGCAGUUGUGAACAAAGUGUGAAAACAUCCGUCACGGUGUCGUCAUGAAUAAAACACCAGCCAUUAACGAAGGCAGGAAAUCUAAUUGUCACCGUCAGAGAUAAUUGGAUAGUGGAGUUUAACCGAGGAUCACUGGUCAGUUUCCGGUCAAACUGGAGGCAGACGGAUUAAACGAUGGAGUUAUUACAAAAUGGCGUGAGAACAUUGAAACGGCAUAGCAUUGCGAACAUCAGUGAGGCCAUUCGAAACCACAUCCGCCGGGACUCCUAUGGUGGCUUCGGUCGCCGCUCUUCCGCCAACAUCGCUGACCUACCGCUAAAAAACGCCCACUUCGAAAGCGUCUCAGUAGCGAUUGUGCACCUAUUCCAGAAGAAGAAACUUCAAGAGAGCGAACUGUCGAGUCUGCAGGAGUCAGUCCGGAAUCUCCUGAAAUCAGAGGCUGGACCUCUUGUUUACGACUUCUACAAGGACAAGCUGGUAAAGAAGGGAAUGGUCAUACUACGGGAGAAAAUAAAACUGGAAACCGGCAAGUCUCUUCUCGGUAACCUUGGAAACCAAUGGGACUACUUCUACUGUGAAAUACUGCCCGUUAUUCAGUCCUUGCUCUACCCCAUCAAGACGAAAAGCUACUCUAUACGGGAAGUGACGUUAUUGGAGUUCCGGAACACAGUGUUGCUCAAAUUGCCAGUGGCAGACGCGUUACAAAGCCUUCCCGACGACGAAAAGGCGCCCUCUUCUGUCCAGCAAAUGUUACUCGUGCUACAGAGCGUCCGGGACCAAACCAUUACAGAGAACUCUAUGAAACUGGAGAAGCUGGUAGCGAGAGUGGUUUCCCCUUACCUCGGCAUCCUCGGACUGUAUAAUGGCGGGACAGAGCCGGACAUUCAGAGCAACUUCAAAAUACCCGUCAGACUUCAACAAAUUCCUGUGAUAGUUACACAAGGUGAAAGUGACUCAGAUGACGAGUCGACGACAAAUGACGUCACAUCCGAUCAAGGGAACAUAUCUCCGCUCAUAUCCGGGCUCUCGCACCGUCUGAGCCGAAAACGCACUUCCGGUCUGCUACCCCACCCACUUUUGUCCGUAGUCAAGGAGGAUCGGUCAACUAUACGCAGAUACAGCAUCGCCACGUCCUGACGUCAUUGAUGGCGUUAUCCUGCAUCCAUGUUUUAAAUAUCAGCUUGUUCUAGUGACGUCAGUGUCAUUCAAUAGCAAAGAUGGCACGACAAUAGCAAUAGCAACUAUUAAUUCCGUGGCCUACUCAGGCGAACACUCGAAAGCACGUGUACAUUGAAUGGAUAUAUUUGUUAUCACAAUAUUAGAACACAGUGAAGAUUGAAUGAGUUUUUAGUGUUGUGUUCAGAGGUUGUUGUGAAACUACAACAAUGAUUGUGUGAAAGCCUGAUCGCGUGAUAAGGCGAUGCUGUGAUGCGUUCUAUACAAGCUAGUCUAUAGCCAUGGUCUUAGACCUUCAUUCAUGCAUGUCCGUACACAAAUGAGCCGCGUUCUGAGAAAACUGGGCUUAAUGCAUGUGCGUAGUGUCAUCUCAGAUUAGCCUGUGCAGUCCGCACAUGCUAAUCAGAGACGACACAUUCCGCUUUUAUGGUAUUUUUAGUUUCUACGAAGCCAUCCUUACCAAAAAUCAAGUUUAGGCGGAAAGUGUCGUCCCUGAUUAGCCUGUGCGGACUGCACAGGCUAAUCUGUGAUGACACUUUACGCACAUGCAUUAUGCCCAGGUUUCUCAAAACGCGUCUCAAAUGUAUACCAUGUACCUCAAAGUAUUCACGUUGUCACUCAGAUAGCUUUAUGUGUACAUAAUUAUGUUUAAAUUAUUGUCGAUCUACAAGUUGACUAGUUCACCCUGUGUGUAACUCGUACAUUCCUUAUUGUGCAUGUAUUUGUUUUUACGUGACGAGGAAACUGUCAAUCCGUAAGUAAUCAAUAAUUCAUAAUAAUUCAAAAUGAGCCGUACGUUUAUGAGGGCCGGAUUUAAUAUAUCGUAUAAACCCUCUGAACAAAGACAAUCGCAAAACUUUCGUUGCGUUGGUGGACCAACCAUGUUGAUUGGGUCUCUUUUUUUAUUUCUUAAUUCUUUAUUGACUGGUUUAGUUUAAUUCAAUUAUUUAAUUCAAGUAAAUGUCGUUUCAUUAAGACACAUUUGCAAAAACAACAAAUGUACAUUAUUAGCUCAAACAAAACAACUUUUUAUUUUAUAAGUGAUUCCUUUUAUUGCCCACGGCUAUAUGCGUUAAUAUGGAUAAUGAUACUGUUCAGCCGUAUGCGACAUUAUGGAUUAUGAUACUGUUCAGCAAUAUGCGACAUUAUGGAUUAUGAUGAUGUUAAGCAAUAUGCGACAUUAUGGAUUAUGAUGAUGUUUAGCGAUAUGCGACAUUAUGGAUUGUGAUACUGUUUUGUCAUAUCUGUUAUUAUGGAUUAUGAUACUGUUCAGCAAUAUGCGACAUUAUAGAUUAUGAUACUGUUCAGCAAUAUGCGACAUUAUGGAUUAUGAUGAUGUUAAGCAAUAUGCGACAUUAUGGAUUAUGAUGAUGUUUAGCGAUAUGCGACAUUAUGGAUUGUGAUACUGUUUUGUCAUAUCUGUUAUUAUGGAUUAUGAUACUGUUCAGCAAUAUGCGACAUUAUAGAUUAUGAUGAUGUUAAGCAAUAUGCGACAUUAUGGAUUAUGAUGACGUUUAGCGAUAUGCGACAUUAUGGAUUAUGAUGAUGUUUAGCGAUAUGCGACAUUAUGGAUUGUGAUACUGUUUUGUCAUAUCUGUUAUUAUGGAUUAUGAUAAUGUUCAGCAAUAUGCAACAUUAUAGAUUAUGAUGUUUAGCAAGAUGCGACAUUAUACACUUAUUUCAUGGAUGCGCGGUGAACAGUCAAAACUGUUUCCCAAGGUAUCAGGGAUGACUUUGGUACUGUUGCCCGAGGCCGAUAGGCCGAGGGCAACAGUUCCAAAUGUCAGCCCUGAUACCGAGGGACAACAGUUUUGACUGUUCACCAAGCAUCCAUGAAAUAAGUGCUUUAUUACCUGAUCAAAUUUCCAACAUAGAAAUAACAGCAAACUUAAUUUUUAUUUACACACAACAGUAAUCGAUAAAAUAAAUAAUUUUGACUGUUUAACUGUAAAAUGACGUCAUUUUUCAACGAAAUGACGUCAUUAUUCCAGCGGGCAACAGUAUAUAAAUAUUACAUGGCUGACAGGGUGACAGUAAAUUUGUCAACUUGAGGAAAUACUGUCAACCGAGGCGAAGCCAAGGUUGACAGUAUUUUUCCGAAAGUUGACAAAUUUACUGUCACCCUGUCAGACAUGUAAUAUUUAUUUUAUUAUACCGAAUAAACUAUUAAAACAUGAACAAUUAAUAUGAACCAUGAACAAUUUAAAUAUUCAAUAAUUGAAUUUUGUUUCAGCAAUGAACAACCAUUAGUUUGUUGAGUGGUUCAGAUUUACGGGCAGAGCAAAAUGAACUUCGCUUUAUUCGGCACCGACCUAGUAAUCAAUUUAUCCCAUCAAUUUUCUUAGUUGUCAAUUAUUUCUUUAAAAAUAUAGAUCUAUUACAGAAACAGCUUUCCGUAUUUUUUUUUAAUCACUUGAUUACGCAAUUUAUGACGUACUUGUGUGACGUCAUUUCGGUGACGAAACAUUUUGGGACAACAAUAUAGACGUGGUGUUUUUUUUUAUUACAGUAAAAUAUUUGUUUAAAGCAUCGAACGAAUCCAAAACGUAUUUCGGAUUGUGUGUUUGUCAUGCAUAACACCUUAAGAACAGACACUGGAAGUGUAUAUCGUUGUAACUUUAUUGUUAUUAGCAUUAGAUUAAAGUUGCCUUUGAGGUAAGCGUGUCGUUUAUACUAAAUUGAUUUUCUUUUUGAUUCCUGUCAAAGCUUAAAUAAUGGCAUUUAUCUAUUAUAGAGCACAGUUUCAGCUGAAAUCGAUAUUUUAAUUACCAAAAUACAACGGACACGCAAAACUGCGUACUGCGCAUGCGCGAAUGGGACAGUAUAAUUUUCGAACAUUCCGCACGUGAUUGCUAAGGCAGCGGGAUACAGUAUUUUUUUGUCAGUAAAUUUUUUCCCGCUGGUGGCACUUGAUUGCUAUGGCAGCGGGAUACAGUAUAUUUUGGACAGUAAAUUUAUUCCCGCUGGGUCUGACAGUAUUUCUAUGUCACGAUGGCCUAUGGGAGUUUAGCAUUGUAAAUAAAUGUGAGGUAUAAUAAUUCAAACUGUUGACCGGUCAACAGUUCGAUAUUCACCGGUAACAGUUCAAAACAUUGCAAAUGUCUUUUUCGACGAGAAAAUAGCAAAAAAAAAUAAUUAAUUAUCAUUUAUAUAAGACAUCAGGUAAUAAUAUAGAUUAUGAUACUGUUCAGCCGUAUGCGACAUUAUAGAUUAUGAUACUGUUCAGCCAUAUGCGACAUUAUGGAUUAUGAUACUGUUCAGCCAUAUGCGACAUUAUAGAUUAUCAUACUGUUUAGCCAUAUGCGACAUUAUAGAUUAUGAUACUGUUCAGCCAUAUGCGACAUUAUAGAUAAUCACACUGUUUAGCCAUAUGCGACAUUAUAGAUUAUGAUACUGUUCGGCCAUAUGCGGCAUUAUAGAUUAUGAUAAUGUUUAGCAAUAUGCGACAUUAUGGAUUAUGAUAAUGUUUAGCAAUAUACGACUUUAUAGAUUAUGACACUGUUCGGCCAUAUGCGACAUUAUAGAUUAUGAUAAUGUUAAGCCAUAAACGACAUUAUGGAUAAUGAUACUGUUAAGCCAUAUGCGUUAUUAACGGAUUAUGAUAAUGUUUAGCCAUAUGCGUUAUUAUAAAAUUAUGAUACUGUUUAAUAUUAUGUUUAUGAUCUCUUUUAAUAAAUAAGAAGAACUGCU